ACCGGGGAGGAGGGGCAGGGGUCGGGUGCCCCCGGCGCAGGGAGGGCCGGUUCCUCCGGUGGCCGCCCGCGGCAGCGCCCCGGGGAGCGAGUCCCGUCGGUGUUGCCGCAGCUCUGACCGCAGCAGAGCCGCAGCUGCCAAAACUCCCCGGAGCCUCGAACGGCCGAGGCUGGAAUGAAUAAACCCUGUGAGUGUGGAGGUGUCAGGCCUCGUGAGACAGAAAUUAAAGUUUCGGCCCAGCUGAUGUGCAAGCACCCGAUAGAUACCGUGGUGAGCUGUUCCCGCUCAGCAGCCGUGGUUUUUGUGUCAGACCCGUCUGGACAGAUGGGUGAAGGCCAUGCUGAUACCGUGGGCACGGGCUGGAAGCCACCGACCCCUAUUCACUUUUUGCCCGUUGGUCACUGCAGAACCCCAAACCUGCUGCCCACAUCACUGAGCUGUCACCUUGCCCCCACAGCCGCCACUAAGACCUGAAUCUGUUUGGUUUUAGCAGGCCAAGCAGCCCGCCUGCCUUUCUCUUCUCCACGUGAAUCAGAGAGGAGCUGUGAGCAAUGGCUUUGGCACUGAGGUGCCUCCGCCCUCUCCCGUCCCUGCUGCACCGGUCCUCGUUUGCCAUGACCAGGUGGCUGCCCCAGGCUCCCAGAGGCUGCCCAGCCUGUGUCCAGCAGAUGCUGCUGAGCAGACAGCUGGCUACCAAAAAAGCUAAAGGUAAAGGGCAGAGUCAAGCCAAAGUGAAUAUCAGUGCUGCCCUAGUUGAGGAUAUUAUCAAUUUGGAGGAAACCAGUGAAGACAUGCAGGCAGUCAUAGAAGCUCUGAAAGAAGACUUCAGCAGAAGUCUCAGUGUUAGAACCUCACCAGGGGCCCUGGAUCACAUAACUGUGAUGACAAAAGAUGGGAAGUUUCCGCUGAACCAGCUGGGGCAGAUCUCACAGAAGUCACCGCAGCUUAUGAUAGUGAACAUGACCGAUUUUCCAGAGAGCACAGCUGCAGCUGUGAAGGCUAUAAGGGAGAGUGGCAUGAACCUGAACCCAGAGGUGGACGGGACGAUGAUUCGGGUGCCAAUUCCCAAGAAAUUCCUGGUGUUGGAGGUACAGAAAUUGCUCUUACCAAGAGAAAUGUCUUGUGUUGAGCCGAGCUGGGUCAUAUCCUCUCUGAGGGUCUGCUCUGCCACACGCAGGGGUGGGACAUGGAGGGCUGCAGUGCUUAAACCCCUGGAGCUGGGGGAGGCAGAAAAAAAGAUGUUCCUUGUGGUGUGGUGUGUGUUGUGACCCCCCUGACAUGUCACUCAGCAGGCUUUGCCCUGGUCCAGGCAGGACAAGGCUGUCCCUGGGGGAAUGGCAGAGAUUGACCCUGGUGCUCCAUGGGCUGCAGGGGAGGGCAGCUGGGUGGGACCUUGUCCUCAUUCCCCAUCUGACACACUUUCCCCAAGUUCACUUCACACUUUGUUUUGGCUUUAAGAGGGGGUAGGGGCAAUGGUUACUAGACAGAAAAGAAAACAUACCUAAGAACAGCUUAAAAGUCCCAG